GAGAGAUGCAUUUAUCAGCGACGAGCUGGCAAUGAGAGUGGGCCAGGAUCUGGUAAGACAUGAACGUCUUGAAGGGACACUCAUUAUUUAGAUGCGGAUUUAUUUAUUUUUUUUGGGUCAAAAAAAAAAGUUAUUUCUUAUCUGACCAGUUCCGCCUUUGAAAGCGAUCCACAAAAAUGUAAUCGUGUUUGUGUGUGUGUGUUGAAUUCCAGAUUCUUACCGACAAAGAAAAGCGUGUUAACGACUUUCUGAUGAGUGAGAAAAGGGCAGAAGUGCAAGCCAGCACGAUGACCAAGACACGUUACCUGGGUGCUGAACACUUCUUCCUGGCCAAGGAGAGAAUCGAAGCCACGCCCAUUUAUGACAUUCUUAAACAGAUGCCUAAAGGUGAGGGCCAUGUCAUGGCACGAGUGUGGGCCUAAUUUUAGCCGCCACCACCUGUCUCCCCUUUGUUUUUGUCUUAAUACUAACGUCACCGAUUAAAUGUCCCGUGCCACCCCUCUCUUGAUCGAGAAAAGGUUGUUUACGUUCGAUGCGGUAAUGCGGUUCUAUUUGUUCCAAGGAAUGCCAUCAGGUGACGCAGUUUCUAGAACUUUUUUGCUGGAUGUUCUGAUUUAAUCCUUAUACAUAUAUGUAGGCAAAGCAGCUUUCCUAGCCGAGGGGGAUUUUUUGCGAGUCGUAAUAUCCUUGCAAGAGUGUACUCUUUAUGUGUGAGGGUAUAUUAAGGUUUAUAUUUCUCUAGAACUGUACCUUUUCACUGGCUUUGCUGUAAAUUGAUAUAGUUUUUUUUUAAAUGCUAUUUUACUUUGUAUUUUUAUACUUUUUAUAGAAAUUCAAUAGUAUUAAUUAAAUUGAAUAUUGUUAUUAUCAUUAGCUAUGAUAUCGGUUUUAUUGUUAGUAUCGCUUGCUUUGGUAUCGUAAUUCUUGUACACUUUGUUACGUAUUGUUUAUGCUACGAGCCACAUCUUAAAACAGAUUAAAUUUUCAAAACCAUAAAGUUACGUAAAAACCAUUGAAGUUAUUUUUUUUCCUACGUAAGUAAAAAAAAAAUAUCCAUAAUUGGGGGCGGGGGACUUUUUGAAACUCUAUUCUUGCUACAAAAUGUUAUUUCCCUUCCUUUCCUCAGGAGGCAACCUUCACCUUCACGACCACGCCAUCACGUCCAUCGAGUGGAUGGUAAAGAACCACACCUACCUGCCCAACGUCUACACGCAGGUGGACGCUAGCACAGGCGCCAGGGUUUUCAGUAUCUCCAAAACACCUCUAGAAGGUGACCCACUCCAUUCUUUUGUUAACAGUGGAGCAUUGCUUAACGCCAUAAAUUUAACAUUGCCACGAGCUGCACGAGGCCAAAACAAGAGUAUCAUUUAAGCAUGCGUGUUACGUUGAAACACUAAAUAAACUUCCGAAAAUGUACAUCGAGUGCUAAAUAGCGCCGAAUUCUGACCCUUAAACACCAAAGCCGGAAACCGGCUAUACAUUCGUGAGAAAUUGUUUCAAAAUGACAUCCUUUAUUACUAACAGGCUUUAAACAAAACCCCAGACCAAGAAAAUUAAAAGAAAAAAACAACUAAUUUAUGCUUGUUUUGGUCGAUUAUUGUUCUAUAGCCUACGCUAUCAAUUCCAGUAUACGCUCUUGACUAGUACUUUAUUGUUCUAUGCAGUAAUUUUGCCUAUUUUCUUGCAUAAAAUUCGUUCAUAAAAUUAUACAAGCAUUUUUCUGGCCAUCGCCCUCAUCACAGGUUGGGAAAAUAUGGAGGAGACACGCAAAACCCUGGACAACGUUGCCGAGUACGACAAUCGGUAAGUAAAUAGGAGUUUUCCCUUAUAGAAAGUAUCAACAUAUAAUUAAAGUCUUGAACAGCUCCACAGGUCUAACUCAAAAGGUCUAGCUCCAUAGGUCUAGUUCCAUAGUUCUACCAACAUCGGUCUAGCUCCAUAGGUCUAGCUCCAUAGGUCAAGCGCUAUAUGUCUAGCUCCAUAGGUCUAGCUCCAUAGGUCAAUCUCUAUAGGUCUAGCUCCUUACGUCUAGCUCAUUAGGUCAAGUUCCAUAGGUCCAGCACCAUAGGCCUAGCUCCAAACAUCUAGCUAAGUCCUAGCUCAAAUUUACCUCAAUUAUAGACUUUCUAGACUUUCCUACCAGUAAACAAUUUUGGUUAUGCUUUUUAUGACCUUUUUGACAGUGCUAGUUCAAUACCUUUUUUUAUACCUAGGUUAUAUAUGUACACCUGAACAUAAAAAAAAGGCCAAAGACCUGAAAAACUACUAAAAUAUAAUUCCUACUAUCACAUUUAUCCAGGAAAAAAAAAAGAUCCCCCCCCCCUCUUUUUUUUUUUUUUUUUUUUUAUCAACUUAACAACAGGAAACGACAAUGCGAUUCAAAUAACGAUCUAUCCCCCACACUUUUUUUCCCCCUUUCUUCUUCUUCCAGACUUAUCAGAGAAAUGUCCAUCUGGGUUCCCGACCCGUACACAGCCUACCCCACAGUCAACGACGUCUGGGGAAAGUUCAACAAUUUCUUUGACUCCAUGGGAGGCUUCACCAAGGAUCUCACUCUGGCCAAGUACGACCUUUUCACACCCGAAUUGAGAGUGUAGACAGACGUCAUUUUCCUCGUUUAGAUUACUAUUGUAAAUUUCCACUUAAAACGGUUACCGGAAAUUUUUUUUGGAAGAAAUUUCGUCGACGGACAUUUCAUUGAAAUUUUUUUUUCAGUUCACACUAUUUAAUUUUCGUCAAACUUCUUUUUGAACGCACUAUACUACAUAGUAAAACAAAAUAAUGCGUUCAAAAAGAAAUUUGACGCAAAAUUUGAUGGUGUCAACGGAAAAAAAAAUUCGAUCAAAUUUCCGUUCGAUCAAGCUUCCGUCGAUCAAUUUUCCUUGGACGAAAUUUCUUUCAAACAAAUUUCCCGGAUGCGACCUAAAACAUUUACAACUGUCUGUCUGAUGCAGAUGGUACUUUGAGGAAGCUCUGGAGCAGUUCUAUGAGGACGGCGUCCAAUACAUGGAGCUGAGAGGAGGAACGAUGGUGAGACAUUCGUAGGGUUACAAAAUAUCAACAACGUUUAGCAAACUGUACCUGUUAACAUGGGCGCCCGCACGUAGUGGCAAGGUGGGGCACUUGCCCCCCCUCCCCCUGGAUUGAUUGGAUACAAGUUUUUUAGACAAAAAUAGACAAAAAAUUUAUUAAAAUAAAGAGAAAAUAAAGAGAAAGUAACUAAGCUGAUGUCCUGUCCGUUCGUUCACCAUACAAAUACGCUACAGUAAAUUAAAACUAUAUUAAAACAAAGAAAAAAUAAAGAGAAAGUAACUAAGCUGAUGUCCUGUCCGUUCGUUCACCAUACAAAUACGCUACAGUAAAUUAAAACUAUAUUAAAACAUUACUAAAAAUUUUUGCCCCCCCCCCCCGCUGGAAAGUUUAUUGAUUUUUUUUGCCCCCCUCCCCCUAGAAAUUUUUCUGCGGGCGCCCAUGCCUUUUAAGUUGAAAUUAAUAUGUAAGAAAUAGAUCUGACCUCACACACAUCAACUCGUCGGUAGGCUUUAGCUGUAUUCUCAAAGUCAUUCUUAGGUUUCUUUUCGCCAAAGAUCUAUCUACAAAAUUAGAUGUUAAGUUGAAACUGAACGGCUAAUACAGAGAGGAAAUUUCUUAAUGGAUUACCCCCCCCCCCCCCCCACCCCCCACCCUUUUACCACCCCCCCCCCCCAUAAAAAUAAUUCCAGAAUUUAAUUAUAAACAACGCAAAAGACACGUCAGAUUUGAUUUCCCCGAUCUCCCAACACACAGAAAGACUACCAGAGAAAGGACCUGACCAUACCCUACCUCCAGAUGAUUCAAGAUUCUACAAAGAAAUUCCAGAAGAGGCAUCCGGAUUUCAUCGGUGUGAAAAUGAUCAUCGCCGGCAAAAGGUUAGUAAUUAAGUCUAUCUUAAAAUGGUCUAGUACAUUUCGGGGAUUUCAAAUUCUUACCCCCUUAUGCCAACUGCGGCCCCGGGCCGAUUUUUCUCCACCUGCUCCGGGCCCAUCUUACUCCACCUGCCCCAAGCCCAUCUUACUCCACCAGCCCCGGGUCCAUCUUACUCCACCAGCCCCGGGCCCAUCUUACUCCACCUGCCCCGGGCCCAUCUUACUCCACCAGCCCCGGGCCCAUCUUACUCCACCAGCCCCGGGCCCAUCUUACUCCACCAGCCCCAGGCCCAUCUUACUUCACCUGCCCCGGGCCCAUCUUACUCCACCAGCCCCGGGCCCAUCUUAUCCACCAGCCCCGGGCCCAUCUUACUCCACCAGCCCCGGGCCCAUCUUACUCCACCAGCCCCGGGCCCAUCUUACUCCACCAGCCCCGGGCCCAUCUUACUCCACCAGCCCCGGGCCCAUCUUACUCCACCAGCCCCGGGCCCAUCUUACUCCACCAGCCCCGGGCCCAUCUUACUCCACCAGCCCCGGGCCCAUCUUACUCCACCAGCCCCGGGCCCAUCUUACUCCACCAGCCCCGGGCCCAUCUUACUCCACCAGCCCCGGGCCCAUCUUACUCCACCAGCCCCGGGCCCAUCUUACUCCACCAGCCCCGGGCCCAUCUUACUCCACCAGCCCCGGGCCCAUCUUACUCCACCAGCCCCGGGCCCAUCUUACUCCACCAGCCCCGGGCCCAUCUUACUCCACCAGCCCCGGGCCCAUCUUACUCCACCAGCCCCGGGCCCAUCUUACUCCACCAGCCCCGGGCCCAUCUUACUCCACCAGCCCCGGGCCCAUCUUACUCCACCAGCCCCGGGCCCAUCUUACUCCACCAGCCCCGGGCCCAUCUUACUCCACCAGCCCCGGGCCCAUCUUACUCCACCAGCCCCGGGCCCAUCUUACUCCACCAGCCCCGGGCCCAUCUUACUCCACCAGCCCCGGGCCCAUCUUACUCCACCAGCCCCGGGCCCAUCUUACUCCACCAGCCCCGGGCCCAUCUUACUCCACCAGCCCCGGGCCCAUCUUACUCCACCAGCCCCGGGCCCAUCUUACUCCACCAGCCCCGGGCCCAUCUUACUCCACCAGCCCCGGGCCCAUCUUACUCCACCAGCCCCGGGCCCAUCUUACUCCACCAGCCCCGGGCCCAUCUUACUCCACCUGCCCCGGGCCCAUCUUACUCCACCAGCCCCGGGCCCAUCUUACUCCACCAGCCCCGGGCCCAUCUUACUCCACCAGCCCCGGUCCAUCUUACUCCACCAGCCCGAGGCCCAUCUUACUCCACCAGCCCCAGGCCCAUCUUACUCCACCAGCCCCGGUCCAUCUUACUUCACCUGCCCCGGGACUCGCUUUUUCCACCUUUGUCUCGUCUCAUUAUUUUUAUUUCAUAGAUUGUUUCGUUAAACAUCUAAAUAUUAUAAAGUUGUUCUUUUAAGAAGUUCAAUUUGUGGCUUAUUAUAUCAAACUACCGGUGUUACCAAGCUAAAAAAAUUAAAAUAAAAAAAUCAAUAUCAUUCUUUUAAAGAUUUCAAAUCCACAUUGGCUCCUUAUUAUGUAUAUAUAUUUACCCAUAUUGGACAAUGCCUUUUUGUGCCUUUUACAACUUGUUUGAAAGGAUACAUUCUUUUUUUAAACGUUUUAAAAAGUUCUUUAUAAAGUUGUUAGAAGCUCAUAAAAAAAAUCGACUUCCCAGUACAAUGGAGCAGCAACUGUCUUAACCGGGAGUUAGAGAUGUGCUUGGAAAAUGACGUCAUGGAUUGACCAUUGAUUUGAAAUAACGUAUAAACAAAUACUCUGAAAAAAAAAAGAAAAGAAAACAAAGAAAACCAAAAAUAAUAAUAAUUGACGCAAGCGUUUUUGUUGAUACAUAAUUCCUUGUACCUGUCCAUUACAGCAACUGAACUCCAUCUGUAAAGUGUAACAAUUAAUUACAAUGUAUACAUUUUUAAUUAAAAAAAAUUAUUUGUUUUUGAUUUAGUAUUUUAGUAUUAUGUUUAAUUUUAUUAAAGCGUUUUUAUUUUCUAUUGUACUUUUCCCUCAUGGGUGAUUAGGGGCAGAUAGGGGCCCCAGUGCAUUGAUUUGCACAGGGCUUCUAAUGUUGUUAAGACGACCCUUUCUUGCCAUCAACUGUAUGCAUAUUUAUUUUAUCAGAUUUUGUUUUCGUUUUCCGUAGAAUAAACAAAAUGUACUAUUAUUGUUUUUUAAGAACCCUAUUCAUUAAUUAUAUAGAAAGAUGAAGUCUAUUUUACACGCAUUUUGAACACACAUUUUCGCGUCGUUUAAGUUUGGUGCUCCUUAAGGGGAAUUUUAUUUUUUGCACCAUUAAACAUAACGUACGGCAAUGACAUUGGUUUGUUCUAAUAUAAGUACUGACAACGCAUUGACCUAUACCCUUGCCGUAUGCCACAUUCAGAUACGCCGACAAGGCUGCAAACGGGAAGGUCCUAAACCAGACCGUGGAGCUGAUGAAGAUAUUCCCUGACCUCGUCAAAGGAUUCGACCUCGUGGCCCAGGAGGACGUCUUCCAUACCACAGCGUUCUACGCCGAUGAACUUUUGAAACCAGACCACAGUCCGGUCACACCGUAUUUCUUCCACGCCGGUGAGACAGGUAAGGUCUCCAGGCCAGGUUGGAAACAUUCGUGCUGUUAGACCACGGCUCGAAGUACGCUACUAAUUUUAAGACUUUGUAAAUUUAUGAAUAAUAAAUUAUACAUAAUAUAGAUGAAAGUGUUUUUCCCUUCCCUUCACUCCGACGCAUCGUCUACAUUCUUCUCAGCCUAUCUCAAAUUCUCCCUUCAUCUCCUACAUCAGUGGUUCCCAACCUUCCUAAUGCCGCGACCCUUGAAUACAGUUCCUCAUGUUGUGGUGGACCACCCCCCCCCCCAAACAUAAAUUAUUUACGUUGCUUCUUCAUAAUAUAGUUUUUUCCGUUGGUAUCAGGUGACCCCUGUGUAAGGGUCGUUCGACUCCCAAAAGGGUCGCGACCCACAGGUUUAGAACCGCUGUCCUACAUCAUUACGGUACCCGACACCCACCGCCACUUUACAGUUUCCUGUUCAUUCGUAUUCUCUCUAUAACACGAUGAUGUCAAUCUCGAUGUUAGUCUUGCGCAACUAAGAAGCCCGGGUAUUAAUUUUUAUGGAGCAGAAACUGUUUCCGAAUCCUCCUUAACCGCGGUUCUUGGCAAAGCCGCCUCGGGUCGCCUGUGAAUGUGCUGGCCUCCAUCGUUUCUUUCAUCCAGACGCCAUGGCUUACGGGGCAGUCUAAUGGGUCGUCCAUCCGCCGCCGGUUCGCCAUACUGAAACGUCUCGGGCAGUUGGGAUGCAGAGUCAUUUAAGCACAAGCGUUUCUUUUAAAAACUUCACAAACUUCCACAAUUUUUGUAGUGAGUGCCAAAUAGCGCCAAAUUCUGACUUUCUAACACUAAAAAGAGAUGUUUUAUAUAUUCUUCUGAGUUGUUGUAUUUAAUUUGAUCUGAUACAAUGUUGCCAAUUUGAUUCUGUAGAUUGGACUGAGGGUGUUGACGUCAAUUUGGUAGACUCCGUUCUGAUGAAAGCCAAGAGGAUCGGUCAUGGUUACGCAGCCAUGCGUCACCCCAAGGUCAUGGAAGCAGUUCUUAAAAAGAAAAUAGCAAUUGAACUGAAUCCCAUAUCUAACCAGGUGAGAAUAUAGCUAUUGAAUUGAAUCCCAUAUUCAACCAUGUGAGAAGAUAGCCAUUGAAUUGAAUCCCAUAUCUAACCUGGUGAGAAGAUGGCCAUUGAACUGAUUCCCAUAUUAUCUAACCAGGUGAGUAGAUGGCCAUUGAACUGAAUCUCAUAUCUAACCAGGUGAGAAGAUGACCAUUGAAAUAAAUAUCAUAUCUAACAAGGCGAGAAGAUGACCAUUGAAAUGAAUCCCAUAUCUAACCAGGUGAGAACAUAUCCAUUGAAAUGAAUACCAUAUUUAACCAGGUGAGAAUAUAGCCAUUGAGCCCAGUCCCCUAUCUAGCCUGGUGAAAGAAUAUCUCUUGAACAAAAUGUCAUCCGUAAACAAUUGAGGUUUCAACAGUUCCCGUAAAACACCGCUAGUCAAUAUGUCAUGUGGGAGUUUGCACGAUCCAUACAACAUAUUCGUUGUUUUUAAUCGAUAGAUUUUUCACGAGACGUAGAAGCCCAUGCGUAAAAAGGGGAACCCGAACUGGUCCGUCCCUUCCAAACCCAUUUUUAUGGGAGGGGCUGGGGCAUCAUUUUAAGUACACUUCAUAUCGUAUUAGGGGGCCUAUUUUUUAAAAUUAUUUUCCUGCAAAUUUCGUGAUUUUUUGGAGUUAGGUGCAUCAUAGUUAAGGACCGCAGCGGGAUUCAAAAAAUCUAUCCACUCCACUGUUAAGAAGACCCGCGUUAUACCUGUUUGGCAUCCCUGUCGAAAUUAAUCUAAGCCUGAAGAAGAGUUAUGCAAAACGUCCCACAACUCUGCAUGUUCCCUUCUGAAUACAAACAAUUUUAAAAAAAAAAAUAAUAACAAAUAAAGAGCCAUGUCAAUUAAUUUAUUUUUCUCAUAGGUCCUGGGCCUCACUAAUGACCUCCGCGACCAUCCAGGGGCCAUCUUCAUCGCCUACGGGGCCCCUGUUGUCAUCUGCUCUGACGACCCCGUGGCGUGGUUUGCCAGGCCACUGUCCCACGACUUUUACUACACGUUCAUGGCACUAGGGGCAGCCAACGACGACCUGCGUCUGCUGAAAAAGCUCAUCUUCAAUUCAUUCAAGUAAGAUAGCCAUUUGGUUUGGCAGUGCUGAUCAGGAUUUUCGUGGCGUCAUUUCCUUUGGCAUUGUUGCGUAACCGCGAUAAGCUGUGCCAUGAGUCAAACUCUAGGUAUUGUGAAGUACAGUACUUACAGAGGUAUUGAGAAUUACAGUAUUUACCAAGGUAUUGUGAAGUGCAGUACUUAUCGCGGUGAUUUGAAGUACAGUACCUAGUGACGUAUUGUGAAGUGCUGUACUUACCGAGUUAGCGUGAAGUGCUGUCCUUAUAGAGGUAUUGUGAACUGCUGUACUUACCGAGAGUUAAUGUGAAGUGCUGCCCUUAUUGAGGUAUUGUGAAGUGGUGCGCUUACAGAGGAAUUGUGACGUACCGAAAUGCAGUGUUGGGGCACUUGAUAGCCACUUGUCACACGCUUUCGUCAUUGAACGAAGUUUGUUUUCUUGUCACGGUUACAUUGUCCUCGAUUAAGGCUGUAACAUUGGCAAAAAGUCCCCCCAUAAUCAUAGUUCUGAAAAUCUGAACCAUAAAAACUUCUCAAGUGGCUAAAGAGUUCAAACGUGUUGAUACAUUAAACCAUAUGAUACAAGACUCGGUAAAAUUACACACUUUUAUUUUUCUCAACAUAAUAAAAAAACCAAAAAAAAAAACCGUUUACUUCUAGGUGGUUUCAAUAAUAAAGAAAAGGCCACAUAUUGACCAGCUCAUUGACCAACACAUUGAACCACACAUCGAGCCACCUCUUGUCGUUUUACAGUUCGAGAAUACACAAUUCAAAAAUGAAAUAAAAAAACAGCACAACUUGAUGAAGGGCGCUUCCUGCAGACCACCACAGACGCAUUUGAAACAACGGUCACAACAGCAGCGAGCAGCGAUAACAAUGAAAACAACAGCAACAGUAACAAACGGCAACAAACAAUAACAACCGCUCACCACGUCACUAAACACGGAACAUUCUUCACACAAGGGCUUUUCAUUUCAGUCAUGACUGCAUUCUAUACAUAUGCGACAUUGUUGAGCCUUCUCGUCCAUGAGGGGCAUCCACCGAUCAUCGUCGGCGUCUGCGGUUCCUCCAAGGGCAUAGGCCACCUACGAGAGACCUCCAGGCAUCUCUAUCCUGGGCCAGCUUCUCCAGGAUCUUCCAUUCAUGGCCAAUUUUCUUGAUGUCUGUCUCCAAUUCUCGGCGCCAAGUGUUUCUUGGACGGCCUCUUUUCCGCUUACCCUGUGGGUUCCAUUUCAGGGCUUGCUUUGUUGUGUUAGAAGCAGGUUUUCUUAGUGUAUGACCAAUUCACCUCCACCGCUUCUGGAGAAUCUCUUCCUCAAUGGGUUUCUGUUUUGUCCGCUGCCACAGUUCCUGGUUGCUGAUUUUGUCUGGCCAGUGAAUUCUGAGAAUCCUUCUUAGACAGUUGUUGAUGAAGGACUGGAUUCUGGUAUCCUGGGCCAGCUUCUCCAGGAUCUUCCAUUCAUGGCCAAUUUUCUUGAUGUCUGUCUCCAAUUCUCGGCGCCAAGUGUUUCUUGGACGGCCUCUUUUCCGCUUACCCUGUGGGUUCCAUUUCAGGGCUUGCUUUGUUGUGUUAGAAGCAGGUUUUCUUAGUGUAUGACCAAUUCACCUCCACCGCUUCUGGAGAAUCUCUUCCUCAAUGGGUUUCUGUUUUGUCCGCUGCCACAGUUCCUGGUUGCUGAUUUUGUCUGGCCAGUGAAUUCUGAGAAUCCUUCUUAGACAGUUGUUGAUGAAGGACUGGAUUCUGGUCAGGUCUACGGCCGUUGUUCUCCAUGUCUCGGCUCCAUAUAUGCGACAUUAUUGAAAAAAAAAAAACCCCAAAAAAAAACAAAACAAUGAUGAUACCUAAAAGAAAUAUAUUUUCAUAAAUAUUAAUUUAAAUAAUAAUAAUAAUAAUAAUAAAAAUGUUCCCCCAGGUACAGUACAAUGACCCCGAAAGAAGUGCAAGUGGCUCUGAGGAAGUGGCAGGGACGCUGGGACACAUUUUUAGAUGACGUCAUAGCUAAAUAUAAUCUCUAAGUCACCUCGCCAAGACAGACUGCCAUUAAACGAAAUAUAUGUAUUUUCCUCUAAUGCAAGGUUUCCCAAACUUUAUUUUUUGGUGACCCGACAACCGUUCAUUUCUUCUUUCGGUAACCCGGUAAGUUUGCUUUAGGGGCCCGGCAUCGGGUCGCGAAAAG